GGCUCCAAUAUCAUCUUAGUGUACUUGUUGUUUACUACUCCCUCUGUUCCAUAAUAUAAGAUCAUUUUUCAACUUUUCAAGCUAACAUAGCUUGAAAAAUGAUCUUAUAUUAUGGGACGAAGGGUGUAGUUAUGUUUCCACAAGGAUAGUGACUGGUAGAUGCAUUGCCACAUAUAUAAUUAGUUCGUAUGGAUGAUAGAAAACUCAGUAUUCAUCAGGUAGGGUGUCUGAAGUGUCGACACAUGAUGUUUCAAACUUUGGCUCUACAUUUAGUUGUCGUUAGUACAAUAUUGGUUUUUGAUUCAUGAGCUUUUGCUUGGUAUGGCGGUAUCUUAAGAGACAGUUGUUCAUUUCCUCCUAAGAAACAGAGAAAUAAGGACAGAGUCUAGGGAUUGUGCAUUCUUUAUUCAGGGUUAAGAAAACUGCUUUUUAAGAAUAAAAUGCAAGUUGACACUGAAACCGAUUUCCAGCAUGGUCUUGCACUGUGUUCUUCAGGUAUUUUAUUAAUUCUUCCUCACAUUGUGGUAAAUGCAACUCUUUCUCACAUAUACUUUUCGAUGGUCUUAGAGCAUUCAAGCAAGGUUCCCCCAACAUGAAUUCUCUUGUAGGAUUUGGGUCUGCAGCUGCAUUUGCUAUUAGUGCAGUUUCCUUGCUGAACCCUGAAUUGGCAUGUAAUUCAACCAUCUUCGAUGAACCGGUGAUGCUUCUUGGAUUUGUAAUUCUGGGCGGAUCUCCCGAGGAAAGUGCUAGGCUUAAGGCAUCUAGCGAUAUGAAUGAGCUCAUUUCACUCUUAUCUCCUCAAUCGAGGCUAGUCAUUACAUCAUCAGGCGAUGAUCUUCCUUCACAUGGCAUUUUGAAUUCGGAUGCAAUAAUAGUUCAAGUUCUUGUCAAUGAUGUCCAUGUUGAAGACUCAGUAUUGGUUAUUGAGUCAUUAGAAAGGAUAGUUGAUGAUUCUGACUUUGAACAUGGUACCCAUCAUCAUAUUGAAGUAUGUUGGUGGUUGGUACCAAUCAUUUUUUGUGAUAGAAGCUUGGCAUGCGUUUUGUCAACUGUUGAAGAAGAGAGGAUUGUCCUAGGCAACUGCAAGUUUUUAAAUCUACCUUCUACUAGGGUUGUCCUGGAUAGUCUACUGUUGAAGAAGACAUUUGUCUAAUUAGGGAUCAGACUAGACCGGCGGACGUGCAUAAGCAAGAUAAGUGCGCACAUGAACGCUUAGGAGGCGUGCCAAUGGCACGCCCUGUGCAAGUCUGUACUGUUUGGACCAUUGUGCCGGCCGCGGGCACGCACCAACUGACCAACACAUGUUAGGCCGGGUAAUCUAGCCAGGGGCAACCUGAUUGCAACACGGUGCACUCAGUUGACUCACCCACAGUGUUGCCCUGGGCCGGCCAGUGAUGGAAUCAUGCGUGCAUGCAUGCCCAGGUGAGCUGUGGUCGAUGAGCCAAUGGAAACCGCAUCCGCGCAUCGAUCAUACUACUUAUUAGCUAGGUAGGGCGCAUUAUACGCUACGAGCCUAGGAUCAGAUGAGGCCAGAACCCUGGAGGGCCGCAGACCUUAUAAAUUUGGUGUCGCCAACGCGCUACGUCCGUCCAUGGGCAGAUCUGCGUCCCGGGAGCUAGAACACAAAGUCGUCUACCGCGAUGCGGUGCUGGCUGGUCCAGGCAUAUGUAUGCGCCAGAUGCUGCAUUCAGGGUGUAGCAUUCGGCGGUCACGCAUAUACGGCACAACAUACCAAGUAGCAGUGCGUUGCUCUGUACUGAUUUUGUUUUGCCGUCUUUUCACCGCAAACAAAGCAUAUAUGGUGGGAAAUUAUAUGUCUAGGAUGUAGGUUGUUUAUCAGUUGAUGAGGUGAUGCAUCAGGUCUGAUGGAAAAAAGUGGUGUGAUGGUUG